AUGGAAGGCCUUGCAUUCCCGGGCGACUGGAGGACGGCGAUCAUGGAAUUUUUGCGAUCGGGAGCUACGCCUUCCAAUCGGGAAGAGGCCAGGCUGCUAAGAAAGAGAGCUGGUCGGUUCACCCUCAUCGGGGAUCAGCUCUACAAAAAUGCUUUUUCCCGUCUGUUACUAAAGUGCGUCAGCACGGAGGACGCGGAAUAUAUACUAAAAGAAAUACAUCACGGGUCUUGUGGAGGACACCCGGGCGGCCGCUCGUUGGCAAGGAAGAUUCUGCUAGCCGGGUACUUUUGGCCGACCCUCCAGAAAGAUGCCGCUCAGACCGUCGCCACGUGCCUUUCCUGUCAGAAAUACCACAGCUUCACCCAUCGGCUGACGGAGGAGAUGAAAGCGUCCACGCUCAGAGAAUGGUGUGAGAGGUACGACAUUCAGCAGCACUUCACCUCCGUGGCCUACCUACAAAGCAACGGGCAAGUGGAAGUCGCCAAUCAGGAAAUCCUACGUAUUCUUCGGGUUCGGCUCGACCGUGUCGGAGGUAGCUGGGUGGGCGAGCUUCCAGGUGUACUAUAG